UUCAACCGACAACCCUGUGAAAGACACAGGUGUAAAAAGUGUCAUUUCAUACAACGACACUCCUUGGCAUCUACGUCACCCAGUACACACCUUAUGUAAGAAUUAUCGUGUCCGCUUGUACGUAUUCUCAGCCAGACAGCCUUGCGGAACACUAGCUGUACUCCUGUCAAGGACCAUGAUAGCUUUCCUUGUUUUAAUUGGAACCGUGGCUGUUUACGGACAGGGCCAUAACCAUGGCCACGCCCACAACCACUCCUGCAUCCACAACAACCAUCAACAGCUGAAGGCGAGUCAGGUGAUCACCAGCGUCAUCGCCGACAUGGAGAACGAUGGAGACGGCAUUGUUGAGCAGACCGAGGUCAAGACUGAGUUUCUCACCAAGUAUGACAAGGACAUGAGCGGAGAUGUCACGGAGGAUGAGUUUGUGAAACAAUGGCAUCAGCGGUACCACGACGAGCCCGACUUUGCCGGCUACCUCUUCCACCACUUCGAUGUCAACGACGACCUGAAACUCACCGACAGUGACAUCGUCGCUUUGGACAAAGGUCUCGAUACUGACGGAGAUGGGCGAGUCUCGGUUGCAGAGUUCCAGACCUACUUAACCAACCUCUACAACAACUGUGUUCCAUCUCACGGCCAUUGAUAUCAUCUGUCAAAUAAAACUUUGUGAUCUAAUAUCAUCUAA